AUGGGGUUAAAGCCAGGCCGAUGCUGCGACUGCGCAGUGCGGCGGGAGCUGUCCUCGGUGCUGGUCUCGCCCCGCCCCCACUGCGGUGCCGCAGCCUUCACCACUGGGGGGGGUGUCCUGAGCAUGCGUACUGCGGCGCCCCAUCACUCCGCUCACUGCGGAGAAGCAGGGGGAGGAGGGGAAAGGGGGGCGGGGCGGGACAAGCAGCACUGGGAAUAUGUAGCCUUCGCCUCACUCUUCUUCAUCCUCAUCUCCAUCACCACAUUCUGCCUGGAGACCCACGAGGGCUUCAUCCACAUCCACAACAAGACUGUGACUCAGGCGUCCUCGGUGCCCGGCGAGCCCCCCGAGAACGUGACCAACGUGGAGGUGGAGACGGAGCCCUUCCUGACCUACGUGGAGGGCGUGUGUGUGGUGUGGUUCACGUUCGAGUUCCUCAUGCGCGUCACCUUCUGCCCGGACAAGGUGGAGUUCCUCAAGAGCAGCCUGAACAUCAUCGACUGCGUGGCCAUCCUGCCCUUCUACCUGGAGGUGGGCCUGUCCGGGCUGAGCUCCAAGGCGGCCAAGGACGUGCUGGGCUUCCUGCGCGUGGUGCGCUUCGUGCGCAUCCUGCGCAUCUUCAAGCUGACGCGCCACUUCGUGGGGCUGCGGGUGCUGGGCCACACGCUGCGCGCCAGCACCAACGAGUUCCUGCUGCUCAUCAUCUUCCUGGCGCUGGGCGUGCUCAUCUUCGCCACCAUGAUCUACUACGCGGAGCGCAUCGGCGCCGACCCCGACGACAUCCUGGGCUCCAACCACACCUACUUCAAGAACAUCCCCAUCGGCUUCUGGUGGGCCGUGGUCACCAUGACCACGCUGGGCUACGGGGACAUGUACCCCAAGACCUGGUCGGGCAUGCUGGUGGGGGCCCUGUGCGCCCUGGCCGGCGUGCUCACCAUCGCCAUGCCCGUGCCCGUCAUCGUCAACAACUUUGGCAUGUACUACUCGCUGGCCAUGGCAAAGCAGAAGCUGCCCAAGAAGAAGAACAAGCAUAUCCCCCGGCCGCCCCAGCCGGGCUCC